ACCAUCAUGGAUUCAAGCACCGCACAUGGUCCGGUGUUUCUGGUAUUUCCUCCAGAAAUCACUGCUCCGGAAUAUGAGUCCACAGAACUUUCAACCACGACCUUUUCAACUCAAAGCCCCUUGCAAAAAUUAUUUGCGACAAAAAUGAAAAUCUUAGGGGAUAUCCAUUCUGGGGCUCUGUUUUGUUCAUUAAUUCUGGAGCCUUCCUAAUUGCACUGAAAAGAAAAACCACAGAAACUCUGCACUGGGCUUGAUGACCCUGCAGCUCCAGACUAGAUUAAAAAGACAGGGGACACAAGGGAACUUGACAGAUGGAAGAAAAAGCUAUGGCCUGGACUACCUCACCCUCCCAGUGUGCUUGAGAAACGAACUGCACCCACUGAACUCCGCAGCUAGCAUCCAAAUCAGCCCUUGAGAUUUGAGGCCUUGGAGACUCAGAUACUGAAAAAGAGAGAACAAAAUCUCUACUUUGAUGGAACUUCCAUUCUGCGGGGAAGAGAUUGACAAUAAGCAAUUAAAUAAAUAAGAACUCAGCAGUAGGCCUUGCCUCAGAUCCAAGGUCACUCGGAAGAGACCAUGUCUACCCUCAAUGACACUCAUGGAGGAAAUGCUGAGAGAAACAUUCAGAUGCACGACACAAGGUAAGAUUGCCAAAAAUCUUGUUCUUGCUCUCCUCACUUUGUUACUUGUUUUAUUUUUAGGAGUUUUGAGAGCAAAAUGACAACACCCAGAAAUUCAGUAAAUGGGACUUUCCCGGCAGAGCCAAUGAAAGGCCCUAUUGCUAUGCAACCUGGUCCAAAACCACUCUUCAGGAGGAUGUCUUCGCUGGUGGGCCCCACGCAAAGCUUCUUCAUGAGGGAAUCUAAGGCUUUGGGGGCUGUCCAGAUUAUGAAUGGGCUCUUCCACAUUGCCCUGGGGGGUCUUCUGAUGAUCCCAGCAGGGAUCUAUGCACCCAUCUGUGUGACUGUGUGGUACCCUCUCUGGGGAGGCAUUAUGUAUAUUAUUUCCGGAUCACUCCUGGCAGCAACGGAGAAAAACUCCAGGAAGUGUUUGGUCAAAGGAAAAAUGAUAAUGAAUUCAUUGAGCCUCUUUGCUGCCAUUUCUGGAAUGAUUCUUUCAAUCAUGGACAUACUUAAUAUUAAAAUUUCCCAUUUUUUAAAAAUGGAGAGUCUGAAUUUUAUUAGAGCUCAUACACCAUAUAUUAACAUAUACAACUGUGAACCAGCUAAUCCCUCUGAGAAAAACUCUCCAUCUACCCAAUACUGUUACAGCAUACAAUCUCUGUUCUUGGGCAUUUUGUCAGUGAUGCUGAUCUUUGCCUUCUUCCAGGAACUUGUAAUAGCUGGCAUUGUUGAGAAUGAAUGGAAAAGAACAUGCUCCAGAUCCAAAUCUAACGUAGUUCUCCUGUCAGCUGAAGAAAAAAAAGAACAGACCAUUGAAAUAAAAGAAGAAGUGGUUGGGCUAACUGAAACAUCUUCCCAACCAAAGAAUGAAGAAGACAUUGAAAUUAUUCCAAUCCAAGAAGAGGAAGAAGAAGAAACAGAGACAAACUUUCCAGAACCCCCCCAAGAUCAGGAAUCCUCACCAAUAGAAAAUGACAGCUCUCCUUAAGUGAUUUCUUCUAUUUUCUGUUUCCUUUUUUAAACAUUAGUGUUCACUGCUUCCAAGAGACACGCUGACUUUCAUUUCCUGAGGUACUCUGCACAUACCCACAUCUCUAUCUGGUCUUUGCAUAGAGUGACCAUAGCUCCUUCUCUCUUACAUUGAAUGUAGAGAAUGUAGCCGUUGUAGCAGCUUGUGUUGUCAUGAUUCUUCUUUUGAGCAACUUUCUUACAUUGAAGAAAGGCAGAAUGAGUGCUUCAGAAUGUGAUUUCCUACUAACCUGUUCCCUUGGAUAGGCUUUUUAGUAUAGUAUUUUUUUUUCAUUUUCUCCAUCAGCAACCAGGGAGACUGCACCUGAUGGAAAAUAUAUAUGACUGCUUCAUGACAUUCCUAAACUAUCUUUUUUUUUUCCACAUCUACGUUUUUGGUGGAGUCCCUUUUGCAUCAUUGUUUUAAGGAGGAUAAAAAAAUAACAACUAGGGACAAUAUAGAACCCAUUCCAUUUAUCUUUCUACAGGGCUGGCAUUGUGGCACAUUCUUAGAGUUAUCACAUCCUAUGAGGGAAGCUCUAAAUGGCCAACACCCAUCUGUUUUUUGUAAAAACAGCAUAGCUUAUACAUGGACAUGUCUCUGCCUUAACUUUUCCUAACUCCCACUCUAGGCUAUUGCUUGCAUGUCUACCUACUUUUAGCCUUUAUGCAAGAAAAGAAAAAAAUGACCACAGAAAAUGCCACAGUGAGGUGCCCAAAUUUCAAAUAAUAAUCAACAUUUAGUUGUAUUUAUAAUUUCCAGAUGACAAAGUAUUUCAUCAAAUAACUUCAUUUGAUGUUCCAUGAUCAAGAAAGAAUCCCUAUCUCUAUUUUACAAGUAAUUCAAAGAGAUCAAAUAACUUGUAAACAAGAAAAGGUAACUUGUCAACAUUCAUAACUAGUAAUUAUGAGGGCCUUGUUUCAUAACCAGGUCUUCUUACUCAAAUCCUGUGAUGUUUGAAAUAACAAAAUUGUCUCUCCAAUGUCUGCAUAAACUGUGAGAGCCAAGUCAACAGCUUUUGUCAAGAAUUUACUCUCUGACCAGCACUAAACAAGCACUGAGAGACACAGAGAGUCAGAAUCAGAUUUUACCCAUGGGGAUAAAAAGAGUCAGACUUUCACCACAUUUGGAAAACUACUUGCAUCAUAACUAUAUAAUUAACUGGUAGUUUAUAUAAAGCAGACACUAAGUGCUAUAGACAUUCUCAGAGUAUCAUACUCGGAAACAAUGUAAUUAAAAUGCCAAAUCUGAGUCAACAGCUGCCCUACUUUUCAAUUCAGAUAUACUAGUACCUUACCUAGAAAUAAUGUUAACCUAGGGUGAAGUCACUAUAAUCUGUAGUCUAUUAUUUGGGCAUUUGCUACAUGAUGAGUGCUGCCAGAUUGUGGCAGGUAAAGAGACAUGUAAUUUGCACUCCCUAUGAUAGUUCUACAUUUUUAGAGACCACUAGUGGAAGACAUUCCCUAUAAUUAGAAAAAAACAGAGACUGAACAUUUCUGUGUAAGUAAAGUUCUCAAAUUUCAUUCUAAAUUAAUAAAACUACCUUUGUGUUCUUUUCUGCAACAGAUGAUUC